UCCACCAAACUUAUUUAGUGGUGGAACUCAUUGUUGGGCAUCUUGAAAUGGAAUGUGUUGAAACCCUGAUUGCAAAUUGAUGUAUCAUUCUAUGACUCGACAGAUUAAGAUAAGAGAUCUUUUGGUUUAUAAUUGUUUGCCUUUCCAAAAUUUGUGACUAGUUGGAAUUGCAUAUUUUUGACCAUUGAGUUAGUCUGUUGGGCAUCUUGGUUCUGAUUUGUGCCGAGGCAUCUUGGAGUUUGCCGAGGAACGCCCUCUUGGCAAGUCUGGCUUACAGUGGCUCAAGAUACAUAUGGCGAAUUUCUAUGCUGGUGGUGUGGACAAGUUUUCCUACGAGGGUCAAAUUGCAUUUACUGAGAAUCAUUUGGAUGAUAUCUUCGAUUCAGCAGACAGACCUCUCGAAGGAAGGCGCUGGUGGUUGGGCGCAGAGGAUCCGUUUCAAUGCUUGGCAACAUGUAUUAAUCUUGCUGAAGCAUUGAGAAGCUCCUCUCCAGAGACUACUAUUUCAUACAUGCCUGUCCACCAGGAUGGUUCAUGUAAUGGCCUACAACACUACGCUGCCCUUGGGAGGGAUAAGUUAGGAGCAGCUGCAGUCAAUCUUGUUGCAGGAGAGAAGCCUGCAGAUGUUUACUCGGGGAAUUGCUUCUAG